AUGUCAGUCAUCGGGGGAAUACCUCCUCUGAAUAACCCGCAGUACCAGCAGCGUCUGGGAACCGGGCUUGAAACGAACGAUGAUUCUUCGUCAACUCAAACCAAGAUGGAUGAAUCGGACAGUGAAAAGCUAGGUGAAAUGGACGAAGAAGUUCAGGAGAUGGUGAGGCAGCUCACUCGUCACUCCACUCGUUUCUCUUCGUCCCAAACGAAGAACCCCUUCUUUGAGGAAGAUAAGGAAACCACUUGGCAUCCUGAUAGUCCAUUCUUCAAAGCUAAAGAUUGGAUUCGAGCCCUCAUUGCAGCCCAGUCACAGGAUCCUGAGCGAUUUCUACAACGCUCGGCGGGCGUUGCUUUCAAGAACUUGCAUGUGCAUGGUUUCGGAAGUCCAACCGACUAUCAGAAGGAUGUUUUCAAUGCUGUUUUGAGUAUUGGUGGCCUUGUUCGCAACCUUGUCGGUAGUGGAAAACAGAAGGUACAAAUCCUCAAUAACUUUAAUGGUCUUAUACGAAGUGGAGAGAUGCUAGUCGUCCUGGGUCGACCUGGAAGCGGGUGCUCAACCUUUUUGAAAACCAUUGCCGGCGAGAUGAACGGCAUCUAUGUCAAUGAUGAGAGCUAUAUAAACUACCAAGGAAUUUCCGCCCCAACGAUGCACAAGCAGUUCCGUGGAGAAGCCAUCUUCAGUGCCGAAACCGAUGUUCAUUUCCCCCAACUCACGGUGGGCGAGACCUUGACAUUCGCUGCCCUGGCACGCGCGCCUCGCACGCGAUUCGAAGGCCUGACUCGGACGCAAUACGCUGAACACCUUCGUGACGUGGUGAUGACUAUGUUAGGUCUGCGGCAUACAUUCAACACUCGAGUCGGUAAUGACUUUGUGCGAGGCGUUAGUGGAGGUGAGCGCAAACGAGUGAGUAUUGCAGAGGCCAUCCUUAGCGGAGCCCCUCUUCAGUGCUGGGACAACAGUACUCGAGGCUUGGAUAGUGCCAAUGCGCUGGAAUUUUGCAAGAAUCUUCGUUUGAUGAGUGAUUAUGCGGGCACCACGGCUUGUGUUGCAAUUUACCAAGCUUCGCAGAGUGCCUACGAUGUCUUUGACAAGGUUGUUGUGCUCUACGAGGGUCAUCAGAUCUACUUCGGUCCCACUGGCGAGGCUCGUGAAUUCUUUACCAACAUGGGCUUUGACUGUCCUUCACGCCAGACCACAGCCGACUUUCUUACUUCUUUGACUAGCCCAACCGAGCGUCGAGUUAAAUCAGGAUUUGAAGGCAAAGUGCCUCGCACACCUGUUGAGUUUGCGCAGCGAUGGCAGAGUAGCCAAGAAUGCGCCCGCCUCCUGCAGGACAUUGAUGCAUUUGACAAGGAACACCCGAUCGGUGGUAACUCUUUGACCACUUUUAGUGAAGCACGCCGCCUGAUGCAGUCAAAGCAACAGCGCCCUAAAUCUCCCUACACACUCUCCGUCAUGGAGCAAAUCAAUCUGAACUUAAAGCGUGGAUUCCAGCGACUUCGGGCUGAUAUGACUUUGACGUACUCGGCCCUUUUCGGUAACUUCUUUAUCUCUCUCAUUUUGGGGAGCGUAUUCUACAACCUCCCCUCGGAUACAUCCAGCUUCUACUCGCGAGGAGUUCUUCUCUUCUAUGCGGUUCUGCUUGCCGCCUUCGCUAGUGCCCUUGAGAUCCUAACACUCUACGCCCAAAGACCCAUUGUGGAAAAGCAAUCUCGAUACGCCUUCUAUCACCCUUUUACGGAAGCAGUGGCAUCCAUGCUAUGCGAUCUUCCGUACAAGUUGACCAAUUCGGUGACAUUCAAUCUCCCGCUUUAUUUCUUAUCCAACCUCAAGCGUGAACCAGGAGCCUUUUUCAUUUUCUGGCUCUUCUCGAUAGUGACAACAUUGACCAUGUCGAUGGUGUUUCGCACGUUCGGUGCCGCAUCGCGGUCCCUCGCCCAAGCACUCGUGCCUGCCGCUCUUCUUAUCUUGGGUUUGGUCAUUUAUACAGGUUUCAUCAUUCCCACGAAAGAUAUGCUUGGAUGGUCUCGCUGGAUGAACUAUAUCGACCCAAUUGCCUACGCUUUUGAAAGCAUGAUGGUUAAUGAAUUUCGAAACAGGAAGUUCGCCUGUACUGCUUUCGUCCCCUCUGGACAGGGAUAUGAGAAUGUCGAUCCCAUCAACACCAUUUGCACCACAGUUUCAUCUACUGCGGGAGAUACCACCAUUGAUGGAGAUGCUUAUCUGAGAACUGCAUAUGCUUAUACCAAUGGCCAUUUAUGGCGCAACCUUGGUAUUGUAUUCGCUUUCAUGAUUUUCUUCAUGGGUGUUUAUCUCGUGGCUACAGAAUAUAUCUCCGAGGCCGCCUCAAAAGGCGAGGUUCUAAUUUUCCGUAGGGGCAAUCAGCCUAAGCCUCAACAAGGAGACUCCGAAACCACGCCAGAUGCAGCCUACCGGGCGGACGAAGAAAAUGAGAAUGCUGGUGCCAAUAUUCAGCGUCAAACUGCCAUUUUCCAGUGGCAAGACCUUUGUUACGAUAUCAAGAUCAAGACUGAGGAGCGUCGAAUUCUCGACAAUGUAAACGGAUGGGUAAAGCCCGGCACAGCCACCGCAUUGAUGGGCGUUUCCGGCGCGGGAAAGACUACGCUGCUUGAUGUUCUUGCAACUCGCGUCACUAUGGGUGUCGUGACUGGCUCUGUUUUAGUGGACGGACAGCCACGAGAUGAUUCAUUCCAGCGCAAAACCGGUUAUGUCCAGCAGCAAGAUGUACAUUUGCCUACCUCCACGGUGCGGGAAGCUCUUCAGUUCAGUGCCUUGUUGAGACAACCUGCCCAUCUCAGUCGCCAAGAAAAGUUGGAUUACGUUGAAGAAGUACUUGAAUUGCUUGGUAUGCGGUCAUACGCAGAUGCAGUGGUUGGCGUUCCAGGCGAAGGAUUGAAUGUUGAGCAAAGAAAGCGCUUGACCAUUGGCGUGGAACUGGCAGCCCGACCUCAACUAUUGCUCUUCUUGGACGAACCUACUUCCGGUUUGGACAGUCAAACUUCAUGGUCAAUCCUGGAUCUGAUUGAAACUCUCACAAAGCAUGGACAGGCCAUCCUUUGUACUAUCCAUCAACCGUCUGCAAUGCUGUUCCAACGGUUUGAUAGGCUGAUGUUCCUUGCUAAAGGAGGACGCACUGUAUAUUUUGGACAAAUUGGUGAAAACUCCUCGAUCUUGGCGGACUAUUUCAUCCGUAAUGGUGGCCAUGCAUUAUCUGAGGGCGAGAACCCAGCCGAAUGGAUGCUUGACGUGAUUGGUGCUGCUCCUGGCUCUCAUAGCGAUAUUGACUGGCCAGCGGUUUGGAAUGGCAGUCCCGAAAAGGAGGCUGUUAUUAACCAUUUGGGAGAGCUGAAGACGACCUUUUCUCAGAAGCCCAAGGAAGCGGAAACGGACUCAGAUUAUCGGGAAUUUGCGUCUUCGACGAGCGUUCAGCUUCGGGAGUGUCUAUCUCGAGUCUUCUCACAGUAUUGGCGCACCCCGUCGUACAUUUACUCGAAGCUCGUUCUCUCGAUUCUCACGGCCCUUUACAACGGAUUCUCCUUCUUCCAUGCAAAAAAUACCCAGCAAGGCCUUCAAAACCAGAUGUUCAGUAUCUUUAUGUUGAUGACUAUUUUUGGAAAUCUUGUGCAGCAGAUCAUGCCGAACUUCCUUAUCCAACGAUCUAUCUUUGAGGUCCGCGAGCGCCACUCCAAAAUGUACUCAUGGCAGGUGUUCAUGACGUCGAACAUUCUGGUUGAGCUACCCUGGAACUUCCUUGUUGCAGUGUUGAUGUUCUUCUGUUGGUACUACCCGGUUGGCCUGUACCAAAAUGCCGAGUUGACCAACGCUGUACAUGAGCGUGGCGCGUUGAUGUUCUUAUACUUGCUGCUUUUCUUGUGGUUCACAUCUACGUUCGCGCACAUGGUCGUUGCAGGUGUGGAAAACGCGGAAACAGGAGGUAACAUUGCUAAUUUGCUCUUUUCUCUUCUUCUACUUUUCUGCGGUGUCGUCUCCACACCUGCAGCCAUGCCUGGGUUCUGGAUCUUUAUGUACCGCCUUUCUCCAUUCACCUACCUUGUAUCCGGCAUGCUCUCCACGGCUGUCAGUGGCACAAAAGUUACAUGCAGUUCGAUUGAAACACUCAUCUUUGACCCUCCGGCAAACCAGACUUGCUCUGAUUACUUGAGCCCAUAUGCCCUCCGGACCGGAGGUUAUAUUGAGAAUCCUGAUGCAAUGAGCUCGUGCGCGUAUUGCACUAUGUCCUCUACCAAUACCUUCUUGGCCCAGGUCUACUCUUACUGGGAUGAUGCGUGGCGAAACUUUGGGAUUAUGUGGGCCUACCUGGUGUUCAACGUGGUUGUUGCACUUGGUAUCUACUGGUUGGCUCGGGUUCCCAAGAAUAACAAAACUAAAGGCAGAUCCUGA